GUUUAAGUUUAACAACACUUGAGUCAAAGAGCUACAGUUACAUCCACCACAAAACCUUGAUCAUAAUUAUCUUCUUCCCUCCCUUUCAUUUCCACAACAACAACAACUACUCCCAUGGCCAGCACCGAAGAAUCUCUCCGCAAAUCCCUUCAAUCUCUUCUCUCUGCUUCCGGCUCCGAUUCUCGUGACGCAUUUCGUCAAUCCGUUGUUAAUACACUUGAACGUCGUCUUUUUUACAUUCCGUCGUUUAAAAUUUACUGCGGUGUCGCUGGUUUUUAUGAUUAUGGUCCACCUGGUUGCGCGGUUAAAUCCAAUGUUCUCUCUUUCUGGCGUCAGCAUUUUGUUUUGGAGGAAAACAUGCUUGAGGUUGAUUGUCCCUGUGUGACACCAGAGGUUGUUCUAAAAGCUUCCGGCCACGUGGAAAAAUUCACCGAUCUCAUGGUGAAGGACGAGAAAACUGGAACAUGUUACCGUGCUGAUCACUUGCUCAAGGAUUAUUGCAAUGAGAAGCUUCAAAAGGAUCUCACAUUGUCAUCAGACAAAGCUGCAGAGCUCAAACACGUGCUUGCCAUGCUGGAUGAUUUCUCAUCUCAAGAACUUGGUGCUAAGAUUAAGGAGUAUGGUAUCACCGCUCCUGAAACGAAGAACCCACUCUCUCAUCCUUACCCAUUCAAUUUGAUGUUUCAAACUUCCAUUGGUCCCUCCGGCUUAGCUCCUGGGUUCAUGCGUCCAGAAACUGCACAGGGCAUAUUUGUUAAUUUCAAAGACUUGUACUAUUACAAUGGAAACAAGCUACCCUUUGCUGCUGCACAAAUUGGACAGGCAUUUAGAAAUGAGAUAUCUCCCCGUCAAGGCCUUCUCAGAGUCCGUGAAUUCACCUUGGCAGAAAUUGAGCACUUUGUUGACCCUGAAGAUAAGUCUCAUCCUAAGUAUGCCGAAGUUGCUGACUUGGAGUUUUUAAUGUUCCCGAGGGAGGAACAGAUGUCUGGUCAGUCUGCAAAGAGAAUCCGUCUCAGGGAGGCUGUUUCAAAGGGUAUUGUCAAUAAUGAGACUCUUGGUUAUUUCAUUGGGAGAGUGUAUCUCUUCUUGAUGCGUCUCGGUAUAGACAAAGACCGCUUGAGAUUUAGGCAGCAUCUUGCCAAUGAGAUGGCCCAUUAUGCCGCUGACUGUUGGGAUGCUGAGAUUGAGUGCUCCUAUGGUUGGAUUGAAUGUGUUGGCAUCGCUGAUAGAUCUGCAUAUGAUUUGCAUGCUCACUCGGAGAAAAGUGGCGUUCCGCUGGUGGCUCACGAAAAAUUUUCUGAACCUAAGGAACUGGAGAAAUUGGUUAUAACUCCUAUCAAGAAAGAAUUGGGCCUUGCAUUCAAAGGUAGUCAGAAGAUGGUGGUCGAAGCACUUGAGGCAAUGCGUGAGAAAGAAGCAUUGGAUAUGAAGGCCGCUCUGGAAUCAAAAGGUGAGGUUGAGUUUGAAGUGUGUACGCUUGGGGAAACUGUAACUAUUAAUAAGAGCAUGGUGAGCAUUCACAAGGAGAAAAAGAAAGAGCAUCAGCGAGUUUUUACACCAUCUGUGAUUGAACCAUCCUUUGGGAUUGGACGGAUAAUAUAUUGUCUAUUUGAGCACACUUUCUAUACAAGGCAGAGUAAAGCUGGGGAUGAACAGUUAAAUGUAUUCCGCUUUCCUUCACUUGUGGCUCCUAUUAAGUGCACAGUUUUUCCUCUGGUUCAAAACCAGAAGUUUGAAGAGGUUGCCAAAUUAAUUUCUAAGUCGUUGACUGCUGCUGGAAUUUCGCAUAAGAUUGACAUUACAGGUACAUCAAUAGGAAAACGGUACGCUAGAACAGAUGAACUUGGUGUGCCUUUUGCUGUCACUGUGGAUUCAACAACUUCAGUGACUAUCCGGGAGAGGGACAGCAAGGAUCAAGUGCGUGUUGAUGUGGAAGAAGCUGCCUCUGUUAUUAGGGAGGUAACCGAAGGCCAGAGGACAUGGGAAGAUGUGUGGUCUACUUUUCCUCAUCACUCUUCUACAGCUACAGAUGAUUAAAUUUAACUAAUUCACCAAUUUGACCUUUCAUGGUUUUCUGUUGCAAUUAUUUUUGUGGUGUUUGAGCAAAUGAAUAGAGCUACAGGGAUAUCACCAAUUACACUACAUACCCAUUUUUGAAUCGUCCACUCAUUCUGUAGUUUAUUACACAACUUUGACAAGUUUGUGGUUUUUCCCAAUUGCUUUAGUGUAGGAACUUACAAGUGCACAUGCUAGUCCUAGCUGCUAUUUGGCAACUCAACAAUUCUUAAAAUCAUAUUGUUUUUUGUUUGUUUUUAGUUUUUAUUGUGGAUGUGUUGCAUGGGGUUGUGUCAUGAAGCUCAAGCCAAACCACUGAUUUCAUACCACUCUUCAUAGAAUUUGAAAUCAGGUUUAUGAGGCCUACAACUUUACGUGUGCACCCCCAUAUGAUCUGUCCAAGGGUUCUUUCGAGUUUUGAGUUUGUAACAGAUAGGUCCUUUAAAUUAUUUGCAAGAUUACAAUUCAGUUAACUUUUCUGUCUCUAAAA